AUGGCUGCUCUCAGUUUCAUUGGAAAACCGAUCUCCCUCAUUUCUCACUCAGAUGUACGAUACAGAGGCAUUCUGGCAGGCAUUGACCCGGUCGCGUCGACGAUUCAACUUUCAAACGUCUACUCUAUGGGAACGGAGUCACGAAGACCGCCAAACGAGUACAUUCCUCCCGUGCAAGAUCCUUACACCUACAUCAUUUUCCGUGCAUCCGAAGUAAAGGACCUCGCUGUCGAUGACUCUGCAACACAAAGAAGGAAUGUCCAUGACGACCCCGCGGUCAUCGGUGCAUCGGCGCCUCCAAUGGCACCCAACGUCCCAGGCUACGGUUCUCCCUCUUUCCCCCAACAAGCUCCCGCCGCGUUUCCCCCACAACAAGGCCAAGGCCAGGUCCCUCCACGACAGCAGCAGCAGUUUGCCAACCGCCAGCAACCGACCCAGCCAUCCGGCUCCCAGCAGCAGCCAAACGCCGCCCCCAACGCUCCCGCGCAGGCCAAUGGCGCCGCUCCAGCCGCGCCCCGCAACGCGCGGAACCAGUCCGUGAACUCGGUGACGGCGUCGAUGGAGACUAUCGAGCGUGCCAUCGGCGACCUGCGCGUCACAAACGGCAACGGCAAUGGGGCCCAACGCGGCGGCCGGCGCGGUGGGGGACGCAACCCCGAGCCGAAGGCGGGCGACCUGCGGGUGCCGACGACGGACUUCGACUUUCAGACCUCGAACGCGCGUUUUGACAAGGCUGCGCUUGCACCCUCGCCGCGCGGAACGCCGAAGAUCGACGGGGAGGACGGGGAGGUAGAGGAAGAUGUGAAGGAGAAGGAUACGGCGUACAAUCCGGAGAAGUCGUUCUUCGACACCCUCUCGUCGGGCAGCAACGGUCCCAACGCGGAUGGACGGGGGCGUGGAGGGCGCAGGGGUGGAGGACGCAACCGUCGAGAAGAGGAGAGGGAACGCAACGUCGCGACGUUUGGUGAGGCCGGUGGAGCGCGUCCUAACGCGUACGCUGGUGGGUGGGGAGGAUAUGGCAGGCGUGGCAACGGGCGCGGGAGACGUGGAGGUGCUGCUGUUGGUACCCGCUCGUAG